AUGGACGGCGGCCUGUACGCCUACCUGCUGCGCCACACGCGCGAGCCGCCGGUGCUGGCAGCGCUGCGGGCCGACACCGCGGAGCGCUAUCCCUCUGCCGCCCAUAUGGCCGUCUCCCCCGACCAGGGCGCUUUCCUGGCCUGGCUGGCGCACACGCUGGGCGCGCGGCGCGUCAUCGAGGUGGGCGUGUUCACGGGGUACAGCAGCGUGGCGCUGGCGCUGGCGCUGCCGCCCGGCGGCAGGCUCGUGGCGUGCGAGCGAGACCCAAAGGCAUUGGCGGUGGCGCGGCAGUACUGGCAGCGCGCCGGGGUGGCGCACAAGGUGGAGGAGCGGCUGGGCCGCGCGACGCAGACCCUGGACAGCCUGCUGGCCGACCCGCAGCAGCACGGCAGCUACGACUUUGCCUUCAUCGACGCGGACAAGAAGGGCUACCGCGCCUACUACGAGCAGCUGCUGCAGCUGGUGCGCCCCGGCGGCGUGAUUGCGCUGGACAAUGUGUUGUGGUAUGGACGGGUGGCGGACCCGGCGGCAGACGACGGCGCCACCGCGGCCCUGCGCCAGCUCAACGACUUCCUGGUGGCGGACGAGCGCGUGGCCUUCAGCCUGGUGCCGGUGGGCGACGGCAUGGCGCUGGCCACCAAGCGGUGA